UCGAAGGCUUACGUGAAGGUUUCAAUAUUCAGACAAUUGACAAAUAAGAGUAACCGAAUGCGUUUUGACAUGUAGCACAUUUUGAUAUUUUUACACAUUAUUACCAGUUAUAAAUAGUUUUUAUUAGUUUUGAAGUUCACAAAUAUAGUUUUUUAAUAUGGCUACAUCUAAUAAUGGAAAUGGAAAUGUGAUUGAUGAAUUUGAGGAAUCAUUUCAGCAAUAUCUAAAUCUUUUCACAAAAAAUGAAGGAUUUGAAAAACAAAAAGAUUUAGAAUUGCAACUGGAUAAAGAUGAAUCAAAGUUGGAAGUUGAUCAAGUAUUUUUUCGAUUUAUUGAUAUGGCUCGCCAAGUAGAAGCAUUUUUUUUACAAAGAAGAUUCCUUUUAUCAGUUUUAAAGCCAGAAUUGCCAAUAAAAGAGGAAAUAAUGGAUUUAAAAACAGAAAUAUUUAGAAAAGAAGAAAUGAUCAAAAAACACCAUGAUAAAGUUGUAGUAUGGCAAAAUUUACUAGCUGAAAUGCAUGGAUGGGCCCAACCAAAUGGAUCAUCUUGUAAUGUACCAAAUAUGAAUCAACAAACAAAUAGUGGCAACAAUACUAAUAAUCAACAUCAUUAUAUGUCACAACCUAUUCAUUCUCAAUCACCUAUACAGCAUCACGCACAUUUACAAAAUCAACAACCUCCUAAUGCGUCGAUGCAAAUGAAUCUUCAAGCUAAUGGAGUCCCAACCAUUCCUCAAAAUGUCUUUGCUAAUCAAGGAAAUAUGGGGCCGUCCAGAAAUCCUGGUUUUGGACUUCCUGUUAACAAUAGCAGCUCGCUUCAGGGACCAUUAGCUUACUUAGAAAAAACUACGAGUAAUAUUGGCAUGCCAGACAGAAGAAGUUGACGUGGAAGAGGGAGGGGACGUGGUAGAAGUCGUGGUAGAGGUCGUGGGAGAGGCAGAGGAUCUGAUUUAUCAUGUUUAAGUGAAAUGGUCAGUACUUCAAUGACCUCGCAAUACAUCCCGGCAUCUGCAUCGAACGUACCGACUGCUGUUAUGUCCCUUCCCUCUGGUGAUUCAUUGUCUUAAUUUAAUUCUUUUUUUUUUUAAUGUUUUACUAAGUGUAAUUUUUUAGGGAUAAUUUAAUUUAUAUUAUUUUACUGCAUUAUAAAUUAUAAACAUUGAUAAUGUGAAUAAGUUUAUAUGUAAUAAAGUCAAAGAUUAAUUUGAAAUUCA